UUUUGCUGUUAGAUCACGUGAUGUUCCCCCUUUGGAUUGUAUUUAUUCUGAACGUGCUGUAGAAUCGAAGAUGGCGUCGCUACAAACCAUUCGCAUGUGUGUUGCGCUUGCAUUAAAAACCAAUUCGAGCAUACGUUUUACUCGGUUACCACUCCAUGCUUACAAGCAUCACUGUGCCAAUAGAUCUAGGAUAGGAAUAACACCAUACAGGUGUAUCCAAGCGACAUCUUACAGCACAACACAGCAUGACGAAAAGGGAUCAGAAGGAACCCAGACUAGUAACAUCCCGGAAACAGGAGGCGAGGGUGCAGCGACGUGUCACGGGGAAAAGGCUGUGCUGGUGGAGGAACUGGAGAAGUCAUUCCAGGUGGAAAAAGAGAAGCUGGUGGCUGAAGUAAAGGACAUUGAUGACAAGUAUAAACGCACUCUCGCUGAAGUGCAAAACGUUCGUCAGCGAAUGCAGAGGCAGAUUGAUGAUUCAAAGGUGUUCAGCAUUCAGGGCUUUUGCAAGGACUUACUAGAGGUCGCCGAUAUCUUGGGCAAGGCAACAGAGAGCGUUCCUCAGGAAGAACUUACUGACAACAAUCCACACUUGAAAAACCUAUAUGAUGGUUUGCUGAUGACUGAUGGACAGCUUCAUAAGGUGUUCAGUAAAAAUGGCUUGGCAAGGAUUACUCCUGACGUUGGUGAGAAAUUCGACCCCAACAUACAUGAGGCCAUGUUUCAGAUUCCAUCAGAGAAUAUAGCAGUCGGGAAUAUUGCAGUGGUUGUGAAAGUUGGUUACAGUUUACACAGUCGCACUCUACGGGCAGCUGUGGUUGGUGUAGCUAAAGCACCAUAACCUAACGUGCAAGACUGUUUGAGACAUGACAUUAGAAAAAUGACUGGAGCCCCAUUGGGUGUUGAAGACAUCUGCUUUCAUGCUCCUACCUUCAUGCAUCAGACAAAAUAUAGGGAAAAUUCAGAUGGAUAUAAUUAAGACGUAGGCCUGACUAAUACGAGUUUUACGCUGUGUUUAUAAUUUGUUACAGGAUCAUUUAAAAGGUGAUCCUGAUGUGAAAACCAGUGUGUAGCUCAGUUAUAUUUCUGUAAAAAUAUAAAUAGCCACCAUCACUGUCAGCAUUAAGAAUAAUCAUGAUUGUUAUUCUGUAUGCUUUUAAAAAGUGUACACACGUAUAUAGUAAGCUUCAGUUUACUAGAAUGGCUAGAUUGGUUUAAACUAAAGUGCUAGUACAUGCGGCUAUGAGUUCUCAUAUUUAAUGUGUCCAUCUGUGAUUCAUGGUUUUUAACAUGUAGUGUUACAAUAGAAUGCAAUGAGGUACUGUGAACUAUUGUUACCGGUACGUUGGUUAUAAAAAUCGCUUUAUUUGCCAUGUAUGACAAAAAGUAUUUAUUGUAACUGACUUUCCUUUAUGAGGCUCAAUCCUUUUUCAUGAAUCCUAUCAUAACGCACAAGAAUAUUCUGAAUAAAAUUAUUCAGUCAAUAACA